AGCUUUUAAAGCUAAACUAAAAAGCAAUUUAUGAGUGGCUCUAAUUUCCUUAAAGAAAAAAACGUCGUAGUUUUAUUUCUUGUGUUUGUCCAAUGGAUAAAGCAAAUUUUUGACUUUUUUUCAAAAAAGUGGAAUUCUCUCUCUCUCUCUCUUUUCCUAUUUCACAGUUCUUUCAGACUCCUAGGAGAUAUUAGAUAGAUACACACUCUAACAUGGCUAUUCAACCUAAAACUGUUGCAAUGGUGACUGCUGGUGUUGCAGUAACCGCAGGUCUUGCUUAUAUGUUGUAUUUCGAUUAUAAGAGAAGAAAUGAUCCUACUUUAAAAAAGAAACUUAGAAAAGAAAAGAAGAAGGUGAAACAGGAAAUGAAGAAAGCCCAAGAAAAGGCGAAAACCAAUGCAUUAGAAAUCAUAGAGAACGUGUUGAAGGCAGCUGAAAAGGAAACCUUCCCCUCUUCACCAGAAAGCAAAGAAAAAUACUUUAUGGAACAAGUGGCUGCUGGUGAAGCCCUUUGUAACAAAGGUGAAGCUUUUUAUAAUGAUGCCGUAUUGCCAUUCUAUUUGGCUUUAAAGGUCUAUCCCGCACCCAUGGAGUUGAUUUUGAUUUAUCAAAAGACCGUGCCUGAACCAGUAUUCCAAAUGCUGAUCAAUAUCAUGGCAUUAGAGCAACAAAGACGCCAAAACAUUUUCUACGAAACAUUCCCUCCCAAGGAAACACACGUUAAAUUGGGUGAAUUGCCUGCUGGUAAAAACGAAGAAGGCACGCCGGUGAUCCGUCGCUCACUGAUAGCCGACAAAGACAUUGAAAAAGAUGAAAAGAUCUACUCAGAACGACCUCUUGUGUCUGCUCUUUAUCCGGAAUUGGAAGGAUCGCACUGCAAUUUUUGCUUAAAAUCGAUCGACAAUGACGAAAGCAAGGUCCCAUGCCCUCAUUGUGAUUUAGUCGCGUUCUGUAGCGAAUCCUGUCGAGACACGGCUGAGGAAGAAUAUCACAAAUACCUCUGUUCGCAUAACACAUCCACCGACACAAAGGCAGUCGAUGAAGCAGAUGACGAAAACACAGCUUUGGAAUUUGCCCAGACCUCAAAAACCAACAAUACCAAAUAUCCUUACAUGAUUGCACGAUUUCUGUCUUCCAUGGUAGCGGAAGAAUUAAAGAAGCAAAAGACAGAAGAGAAGGCGAGUGAAACCACUUUUGGCGCCUGGGAUCAUGUGGAUCGAUUCAGAUAUUUGGAAACGUCUCCUAGUGCUCAAUCCGAAGCUGAGAUCACCAUGCUGAAAAAAGUCCUCGGUACCAAGGUCCAAGGUAUCAGCGAGUUCUUGUCGGAUGAAAUUUACUUGAUGCUGAAGGGCAAGUUACUGUACAACGCUUACGGUAUCCCUGCGUCCACGACAACGACAGUGGACGUGCGUGAUUCUGAAGAACAUAGCAGAGUGACAGACAGUGAGGCCAAGCACAUAGGUGCCGGUUUGUACAAGAUCUCUACUUAUCUUGGCCAGUCUCAAGACUCUCCCAAUGUCAAGCUCAGCUUUGAUAACGAUGAAAUCACCGUUACUGCUACGAAAGCCAUCAAGAAGGGUGACGAACUUCUUGCUGCUUAUACUUUGCCUGUAGGAAAGAAGAGCACGGCAGAAGAGAAGAACUAAAGUACGAUGAUUUUUUAUACAAGAACCACCAGUCUCUCCCUAUUUAUAUAUACAUGCCGCCUCUGCUUUAUCUCGAAGAAUAAAAAAAUUAAACCAAAUGCUGACAUUUUUCUUUUUUUUUUUUUUUUUUUUUUU